AUGGAUUAUGUACAUGCCAUCAUCGCUGUGCUGUCCACUAUCUUCUGCUUCUCCUAUCUAAUAAUAAUCAUCAUCUCCACGACUCGCCGCAGAGAAAAGAGCAACGCUCAGAAGAACCCACCCGAGCCAAGCAACGCGUGGCCAAUCAUCGGCCAUCUCCGCGUCCUGGCUGGACCUCAGCCUCCUCACCGAGUCCUGGGCGCCUUGGCCGACAAACUCGGCCCGGUCUUCUCCCUCCGCAUCGGUUCCCACCGCAUCGUGGUGGUGAGCAGCCCCGAAAUCGCAAAAGAUCUCUUCACCGUCAACGACGCGGCCGUCCUGUCCCGCCCGGCGCUCACCACCGCCAAGUACCUGUCCUACAACUUCGCCCUGUCCGCCGCCGGCCCGUACGGCGCUUACUGGCGCCGGAUGAGGAAGAUACAGAUGGUGGAGCUGCUCUCCAACUCCCGCCUAGAGCUGCACAGGCACCUGAGAGAAUCGGUCGUCGAGGAAUCGGUCAAGGGUCUCCACCGCAAGGUGGCGGCGGCGGCUGGCGGCGGGCAGGGAUUGGAGGUUGAGCUCAAGCGUUGGGUUGGGGAUUUGUCUCUCGGCCUUAUGCUCCGAAUGAUUGUAGGGAAACAGAGUAGCUCCGCCGCUGCCCGUGGCGAGUACUCCCGAUUUAUGGGCGCCGUGGAGGAGUUUUUCGGUUACCUGGGGAUGUUCGUGGUGAGAGACGCGAUCCCCUGCCUCGGGUGGAUGCAGGACGUCGGCGGACAUGAGAAGGAGAUGAAGAGGGUGGCGAAAGAAUUGGACGACCAUCUUCAGGCAUGGUUGGUUCAACACAAACGGAACCGAGUAGAUCAUCCGGCGGGUCUGAUCAAUUCAACUGAGACAAGGGAGCAGGAUUUCAUGGAUGUUCUUCUCUCUGUUCUGGAGGAAGAUUCCCACCACGGAUAUGAUCGUGAUACAGUCAUCAAAGCGACGUCAUUGAGUAUGAUUGCAGGAGGAAUAGAUACAACUACCGCGUCUGUGACAUGGGCAAUCGCUCUGCUGCUGAACCACCGCCAUGUGCUGCGCAAAGCCCAGGAAGAGCUCGAUCGAUGCGUCUCCAGGGAUAGAGCAGUGACAGAAGAAGACAUUGCCAAGUUGGUCUAUCUCCAAGCAAUCGUUAAAGAAAGCAUGAGACUGUGCCCGGUGGGACCGCUUCUGAACCCGCGAGAGUUCACCGCUGACUGCGAUGUGGGCGGAUACAGAGUCCCCAAAGGCACGUGGCUGAUGGUGAAUGCCUGGAAGAUCAAUAUGGACGCAGAUGUUUGGGCCGACCCGACGGAGUUUAGGCCGGAGAGGUUUUUGACGACCCACAAACACAUUGACGUGAAGGGGCAGAACUUCGAGUUGUUUCCGUUUGGGAGCGGGAGGAGAUCUUGCCCGGGGAUGAAUUUGGCAAUCCAGAUGGUGCUUUUGGUGCUGGCAAGUUUCCUGCAUGUUUUCGAGAUUUCGACGCCAGGAGACAAGCCGGUGGACAUGAGGGAGAGCGUCGGACUCACUAACAUGAUAGCUGCGUCGCUUGAUGUCGUAGUCAAUCCACGACUGUUGCCGAACAUUUAGGCAGACGAGGUACUAAGCAUGUGUGUGCUUGAUUCUAUGUGUAUUUUCAAGAUUGGAGUGUUAUUAUUAUGAAUUUAUGCACUUAUGUAAUGUCUCUUGUUCAACUACUACCCAUCUCAUUUGUAAUGCC